AUGUUUCAGACAAAAUCCGGUAUUCAGCAAUCUCAAUCCACAGGCAAUUCCCGAAUGCCUCCCUCGACUCUUUCAUCUCAGAUUCCCCUUUCUCUCACCUCAACUUCUGCAGGAGUUAUUCCUUCUCCCUUCGACUACCCGCAGAUGGUCCAUGGUUUCAGAUCUCCCCCUCCUCCGCCUUCACAAUCUUCAUCACAUUUGAAAGACACAACCUCUCAAAACCUGAAUCCAUCAUCUGGUCUCUCAUCUGCCUACAACAUGGCUGCUGCUCUCUUUUCCGCAUCAUCUAUGCGUCAAUUUGGUGGACCUCAGAACGCAAAUGCUGGUCAAAAACGGCCGGCUGGUAUCUCUCCCAAUACAGGAAUGCCCCAUUUGAGUGAAAAAAGUCCUGGAAUAGCCGGGGGGAGUGAAUGUGGUGGUACCACGACCUCUCAAUCAGACGAUGCGGAUGGAGAAGGUGGCGGUGGCUGUGAAAGUGGCGGUGGAAAUGAGGCGGAUGGUGUCUGGUCCACUGAAAUUGAACAGUACUUUCAGGAAGCACUGGAACUCUAUCCACCUUGUGGUAGAAGAAAAAUCAUUCUGGCGGAAGAAGGGAAGAUGUAUGGUGAGUGA